CUACACCAAGCCCUCCUCUCUCUCUCUCUCUCUUCCUUUUAUACCAGGAUCUCUCGCCUUCUUCACUCUCUAAUCCAACACCUUACUUCUAUCCACAUCCCCAUCGAAUUCUCAACCAUGAUGGCCAACAAGAGCAAUGUCGGAUUAGACUCUGUCACCACGCUCCCCGAUCCGUCAUUACACACCACCACCACUAACAGCAACAACAAGAUCAGGAAACCCCUCCGCAUCAAGACGACUACCGAUGCAGAGCCCUUAGAUCGCAAUUCCGACCUAGCUCUAUACAUCGCCCCACCUGCACCUUCCCACCCCAACACCUCGACCCGUCGUCAGUCCGCCGCCCAUGCCGCGCCCCUCUCCUCGCCUAUGAGUCCAUUCUCUGCCAUGUCGGAUAUCGCACUCAAUUCCGCAAAGACCACCACUCCGUCCUCUGCUACUAGAAGAACAAGCGCAAUUGCUGCGGACCAUAACAGCAGCACCAUCCUCUCAAGCCUACCAACCAGUGGUACCACGCAGUUCAGCUUUGCGCUCGAGAGUCCUCCAGUGAUCGAACUGCAAAGCUUCAUUAACGAGCACACCACCGCCACCACCCCUCGAGACCGUAGCGCUGUCCAGUGGAGCAACAGUCUCGACAUGCAAGAUCCCUCCAUGGACCAGACACAGCAUCACCAGCACCAGUCAUCGCAGAAUUCGGGUUCGUUCUUCCAAGGGUUCUUUGCGAUCCCACCGUCUCUGGCCGGACGUCCUCGCCUGACAGAGGAUCAAGAAGAGUACUGGCGUCGGGAGUGUGAGCGCGGCCCUGUGCCGUUGAUGUGGCCGAAACAGCACGACCUCGAGAACCAGACAGCAACGGAUGGGGACACCACCAACAGCUCUGGUUGGUUCAGCUCCUGGUGGGCACCCAUGUCCAAGGAUCCAACCGAGACAAGACGCGAAGGCGCCAUGGCCCAAUAGAAAUCACACUCCUCUGCCCAGGAUCCUUGAUCUCUUCAUUGUCCAUAAGCCUGAUUUGAAUUGUUAACGUGUUAUAAUAAAGACAAAUGCUAUCAUAUAUGGCUUUAUUUCAAAUGCCAUUAUGCUAUUAAAACG